AUGACCCAGGAGAAAUCACAGAAAGCUAAGAACUUGACGCACUUGUUGUCGCCAGAGGCCAAGUCGAGACAAAACUCUCCGUUGAAAGAUGCCUUCAAAUACUAUAAAUUACCCGGAAUGACCUUUUUGGGCGGCGGUUUGCCCUUGUCAGACUACUUUCCAUUCAACAAGAUCACGGCCGAGAUCCCCACGCCGGGGUUCACCAAGGGCAUUGGCGCACCAUUGACUGACGACAUCAAGUCCACAGUUGAAGUCUAUAAGAAGGCCGACCAGAAUGAACCAAACCAGAUUGAAUUGGCGAGAUCUUUGCAGUAUGGCUUCACCGAGGGCCAACCUGAAGUUAUUGCAUUUUUGAAAGAGCACACUGAAACUAUUCAUGGUGUUCCUUACCAAGAUUGGGACUUGAUUGCUUCCGUGGGAAACACUGAGUCGUGGGACUCCACUUUGAGAACAUUUUGUUCCAGAGGUUCUUCCAUCUUGGUUGAAGAGUACUCAUUUUCGUCGGCGUUGGAAACUGCCAAUGGCCAAGGUAUAAACACUGUUCCAGUGACCAUGGACGAGUUUGGCAUCAUCCCAAGUGCUUUGGAGACGUUGAUGUCGCGCUGGACGGGAAACAAGCCAAAAUUGUUGUACACCAUUUGCACUGGCCAAAACCCCACUGGUUCCAGUUUGAGCGCGGAGAGAAGAAAGCAAAUCUACGAUAUUGCUUGUAAAUAUGACUUUAUCAUUGUGGAAGACGAGCCAUACUAUUUUUUGCAAAUGGAAACAUACACCAAGGACAAGUCUCAAAGAGAAGGCAAGCAAGUCCACGGCCACGAUGAAUUUGUCAAGGCGUUGGUGCCAUCGUUCAUUUCCCUCGACACUGAGGGAAGAGUCAUUAGAUUGGACUCGUUUUCAAAAGUCAUUGCCCCUGGAUUGAGAUUUGGCUGGAUCGUUGGCCAAGCAGCGUUAUUGGAAAGAUAUGUUCGAUUGCACGAAGUUUCAAUCCAGUGUCCAUCUGGUUUAACGCAAACUUUAACGAACGCAUUGUUGCAGAAAUGGGGCCAAUCCGGCUACCUCGACUGGUUGAUUGGCUUGAGAGCAGAGUACACCCACAAGAGGGACGUUGCCAUUGACGCAUUGGAGAAAUAUUUCCCAAGCGAAGUUUGCACGUGGGUGCCACCAGUUGCCGGUAUGUUUUUCACAGUUUCCAUUGACGUUUCCAAACAUCCAAAAUUUCACGAAUUGGGUGAAGAUCCAAUCAAGAUAGAGUCGUUGAUUUACGAAGAAGGCAUCAAACAGGGCACCUUGAUGAUUCCAGGUUCGUGGUUCAAAAGUGAAGGACAAUCGACCCCACCACAAAAGAACUUGCCCCAAAACCCUAGUCAAAGGACACACAUUUUCUUUAGAGGUACAUAUGCCGCAGUUCCAUUAGACCAAUUGGUUAUUGGUCUUGAAAAAUUCGGCAAGGCUCUCAGAGUACAAUUCGAGUUGGAGUAG